CAUAUGUCAUGAAUCUUAAUCCUUCUAAAUGAAGAAGUUGCCUCUUUUUGUUUCUUUUUAUAUGUUUACUUUCAGUAUUUUAGUUAACUUCAUUAGUUAGUAUAACCACAAUUAGUAUUACCGUAUUUUGAAAACAAAUAAUCAAUAUAAUUCAAGUUCUAUUAAGGUUUUUCAAAUAAUGGGCGACGAGUCUUCGUGUGAUGUUAUUUAUGUUGCACCUGAUGGAUCUCAAUCAUUUGUAGAAAACCCUGACAGACCAAUAAUGAAACUAUUUGAAAAACUUAUAGGUAACGAUACAAAACAAAAUACAGUAUUAACAAACGCGGAAAUUGUAAAUAUAUUAAGCAAGGAGUUUGACGUGGACGUGGAGAAAGUGAAUUUAUUUGAAAUAGAGAUAUUUAUAAACAUAAUAAAGAAAUAUCUGAAAGAUUGGCCUGAAUGGGAUAAAUUUGAAAAGGAUAUUAUGAUAUUGGAAUCGCAACAGAAUAAGGAAGAUAUAGAAAAUAUUAAAUUUAAAAAUUAUUUAACAUUAAAAAACUAUUUACAUAGAAAAUUGGAUGUUGUUAAAUUUUUAUUACCACCAUAUCUAAAUGAAUUGCCACAGAUGAAAAAAGUUAAAAAUAACUCGGACAAUAAAGAUUCGGAUGAUGAGAUAAUUGUGAUGGAAGUUUGCGCUACAAAAGCCCAAUUAAAUAAUCUUAUAUUAAGACAUCCUAUACAUAAUAAUUAUAUUUUCAAUUUGGAAGAACCGCAGGAUGAUAAUUCCCUUUUAAUACCAUUAAAAGCUAUUUUACAUUGGAAUGGUAUUAACGUAAUAGCAAAAUUAAAAUGGUCAUCGUCAGAAAUGUUGUUACUCAAAUAUAAAAAUAUUCACAAAACGAAAUACACUUUAGUUAAUAAAAAAUUACCGAUUCAACCGAAUAACAUUGAA